CCAAUCCGCAGAGCUGGGAAUCGUUCCUUUGCCCUCUACGGCGUGUGCCCCUUUUUUUUCUCUCUCCUCCUCACUCUUCAGUUAGUCUCUUCCCCCCCUCUCCAUCUUCCCCACCCAACUCUACUCAUAAACCCUAAUUUUUCCCCCUCUUAUCAAAUCUUCAAUCGACGAACGAAUCAAAUCUGAGUAAAAUCAGGAGAAUUAGAUGGGGACACUAGGAAGAGCAAUCUACACUGUGGGCUUUUGGAUCAGAGAAACUGGUCAAGCCAUUGAUCGUCUCGGAUGUCGUCUUCAAGGCAAUUACUAUUUCCAGGAACAAUUGUCUCGACAUCGAACCCUCAUGAACGUUUUUGACAAGAAGCCCCUUAUUGACAAGCAAACAUUUGUCGCACCAAGUGCAUCUGUUAUUGGUGAUGUGCAGAUUGGAUGCGGUUCCUCCAUUUGGUAUGGAUGUGUCUUAAGAGGUGAUGUGAACAACAUUAGCAUCGGGUCUGGGACCAACAUUCAAGACAAUUCUCUUGUUCACGUGGCAAAAACUAACGUAGCUGGGAAGGUAUUGCCAACCAUCAUAGGAGAUAAUGUUACUGUCGGUCAUAGUGCUAUCUUACAUGGCUGUACUGUUGACGAUGAGGCAUUUGUGGGUAUGGGUGCCACUUUACUUGAUGGAGUUGUUGUUGAAAAGCACGCUAUGGUCGCUGCUGGAGCCCUUGUAAGACAGAACACUAGGAUUCCCUCUGGGCAGGUGUGGGGUGGAAAUCCCGCCAAAUUUCUCAGGAAUCUCACAGAGGAAGAGAUAGCUUUCAUUGCCGAAUCAGCCACUAACUAUUCAAACCUUGCACGGGUUCAUGCGGCUGAAAAUGACAAAGGCUUCGAGGAGAUUGAAUUCGAGAAGGUCUUGCGAAAGAAAUACGCUCGCAAAGAUGAAGAAUAUGACUCAAUGAUUGGUAUUGUCCGAGAAACACCGCCAGAGCUCAUUCUUCCUGAUAACAUUCUCCCAGAGAAAGCCGCACAGAAGUCUUCUUAAGUCAACUCUCUGGCACCACUUGCUGUCACUGUGCUGGGGUUUGUUAAUGUUAUUUUGAUCAGCUAUACUCAGAUAUUAAUUACUCAGGAUGGCUGCCUCAGUUCCAAUAAUUCAAACAAUUGUUGCCUUACAAUUUUGGGUUUGAAGUCGUCCAUCAGUUUUUUGGUUGUAUUAGAAAUCUAAUUACUUGUGCUCUGUAACUCUAUUGCUAAGACUAUUGAGUUUGGAUGUCAAUUCAUCCAUGCAGGAUCUUUUCGAGUUACCUGUAUUUCAUCCGAUUUCAGGCAUUGGAAAAUAAGGUGGAGAAAGCUUAUGUAAUGGUUGUUUGGUUGA